UAAGGUCAAGAGGAAAGAAGCAUGGCCGCUGUGUUGAGAGGGUCUCGGUACCUAGUGGGAAGGUGUUGCAAGCAUGUUGACUUUGUAUAUGUCUCCACUAGGUCAAUGGCCUCAAAGACACAAGUGGGAUUUGUUGGUCUGGGAAACAUGGGAAACCCAAUGGCAAAGAAUCUGCUGAAGCAUGGAUACCCAGUUAUUGCUACAGAUGUAUUUCCCGAGUCCUGCAAAGAGGUGCAAGAGCUGGGUGCACAGAUUGUGGAUAAUCCGGCUGAGGUAGCAGAUAAGGCAGAUCGCAUUAUCACCAUGCUUCCCUCUAGUCCCAAUGUCGUAGAUGUGUACACCGGUCCCAAUGGCAUUCUCAAAAAAGUAAAGAAAGGCUCCCUACUUAUUGACUCCAGCACCAUUGACCCAGCUGUUUCAAAAGAGAUGGCUGCCGCUGCUGAAAAGAUGGGGGCAGUUUUUAUGGAUGCACCUGUAUCAGGAGGUGUGGGUGCUGCCAGUUCGGGUAAACUCACUUUCAUGGUUGGAGGAGCAGAGGAGGAAUUUACUGCAGCCAAAGAGCUGCUCAGCUGCAUGGGAGCUAAUGUGGUUUAUUGUGGUCAAGUUGGAACUGGACAGGCUGCAAAAAUCUGCAACAACAUGCUUCUAGCCAUAGGAAUGAUUGGAACCUCAGAGACAAUGAACUUAGGGAUAAGACUUGGUCUUGAUCCCAAACUUUUGGCAAAAAUUCUAAACAUGAGCUCAGGCCGGUGUUGGUCCAGUGAUACCUACAACCCUGUGCCAGGAGUCAUGGAAGGCGUCCCCUCUGGGAAUAAUUACCAGGGAGGCUUUGGCACCCAACUGAUGGCUAAGGACUUGGGCCUCGCACAGAACACAGCCACCAACACAAAGACUCCUGUCCCUCUUGGCUCCUUAGCCCAUCAGAUCUACCGUAUGAUGUGUGCACGUGGUUACGCCAAUAAAGAUUUCUCCUCCGUGUUCCAGUUCCUGCGUGAGGAGGAGGGCCAGUAAUGUCAGCCUCCACCCCGUCCACAGCCUUGCCUUGUGCCUGGCCCUGCACAGAACUAACAUAGCAAAGUUAGGGUGCAUUCUGCCACUGGGACUAUUUUUUUUUCUCCCAAAGUUGUGAAAGUCAUGAAGCUCCAAAGAGAGCCAGCACAGUGUGAUCGAUAAUUAGAGCACUUGUCUUCUAUUGGAAAUUAUGUUUCAUGUGUGAUUUACCCCUUUUAUGAUAAAACACUCAUUUCAGUUGUAAGAACAAGUCAAUUCUCACCUUUACAGAGGAAUAUUAAAUAGGAAUUGACUCAUUACUCAUUGUCAAGGCUAAACAACUGCAAAUAUAGUUUAGUCUCCACAUAUUUAUAUCAUUUCUUUUGGUUGGAUUUUUUCCUGUUCAUAUAGUUAUUUUUGUGACAUAGGAGUUGUUCAUUUGAGUGUAAAUCCUGUUAGACAAUUAAUAAAAAUUGUAAUGUCUCAGCCUGAA